AGUUUUCUAGUCCGACAAUCAAACCAAAUCAAAAUGUUCAAGAUCCUGCUUGUCUGCGCCCUUGCCGCCCUGGUGGCCGCUAACGCCAAUGUCGAGGUCAAGGAGCUGGUCAACGAGGUGAACCCCGAUGGCUUCGUCAGCAAGUUGGUCCUCGACGACGGAUCUGCCUCCUCGGCCAGCGGAGAUGUCCACGGAAACAUCGACGGAGUCUUCGAGUGGAUCUCCCCCGAGGGUGUCCAUGUGCGAGUGAGCUACAAGGCCGACGAGAACGGCUACCAGCCCCAGAGCGACCUGCUGCCCACUCCCCCUCCAAUCCCAGAGGCCAUCAUCCGGGCCAUCGCCUACAUCCAGGCUAAUCCCAGCAAGAACUAAGCGACUCCACCGACUACGAACUGGAAAGAUUGACAGCUAGUCUGAGCGUGGAUCUACCUCUCCUGCUGCUUUAAAUUUAAGAAAAUGUUGUUAUAGAAUCCGGAAAUAAAUCAAA